AUGGCCAGCGCCUUCCAGUCUCCCGGCGCGUGGACGCCGCGCAAGAGUUCCGGCGCUCCGUCGGCCGUCGUCUCCAGCCGCACCAUCCCCACGAUGCAGCGCUCGCGCAGCGCCGGCCAGGAGAACGCCGCGCUCGUGGCCAACGCCACCGCCACUGCAGCGGACGCCGACAGCCGCGCGGCCGCGCGCCGCCUGCGCCGCCAGUACGCGCAGCAGCCCAUCGCGCAGCUGGAGCACCACUACCACCGCCAGCACCAGCGACCGCAGCUCGUCCAUCACCAACAGCAGCAAGUGCAGCACAACUCACGCGGCCACUUCGACGGCCCGCCGCGGCUUGUGGCAUCGCACUCGUCGCGCGCGUCCGCUGUGUCGCUGCGCUCGUCGACGUCACGGCUGCCGUCCAAGAUGGAGCUGAGAAGGAGCGAGACGGGCGGCGCCAAGGCCGCGCUGAGCCGCAGCCACGGCGCGCUGGGCAUCCCCGUGCUGCGCAGCAGCCGCACGACCAAAGUGAGCGCGAACUCGAGCGUCGACGGCUUCUCGCCCAGCUCCAGCGGCCACAGUGAGAGCGGAGGUGCGGGCGGACAGAGCACGCCGUACGAACAGUGGAGACGGCUGAGGAGGGCGCGCACUGCCAGCGGAAACAGUUGCGCCAGCACCAGCAGCACCAGCAGCUUCGCGUCGUACGUGGUGAACCCCAACACAGGCCGCCACGACUUUGGUCUAGGCAGCGACGACGAGGUCGACGAUGAGGACGAAGAUCUGGACAGCGUCAUGGACGAGGUGGUGGAGGUCGAGGAGGUGGAGGACCGAAGGGAAGGACUCCCGUCGGUGCUGCAGCAUAUCAUCGCGCCGUCGCUGCCUCCGCCGCCGUAUCCCGUAGACCCGUAUCAUUUUUACUGCAAACCCAAGCGGAUGAACACGGGCACUGGUACUGCCGCCGCUGAGGUGACGUCGACGCUCGCCGCGCUGUUCGCAGACUGCGGGAUUGAAGCCAUCUUCCACCCGCUGAAGUGCAAGUUCAAGUGCCUCAAGUACGUGCACUACAGCCACGUCGAGUUUGUUGUGCGGGUGUACGCACACCAGCGCACACUUCUUGUAGAGUUCCAGCGCCGCAGCGGCAGCGUGCUGCUCUGGGAUGGACUGUAUCGGAUUCUCCAUCAGAAGCUCACGGCUGUAAUCGAUGUAACGGCACUGCCGUGCUCGCAGAGCAGCAGCCAGAAGCGGGUGGCGAGGGAAAGCGCGUCGACUUCAGGUGGCCAUGCUCAAGUGUCCAACCAGGUAACACACACGUCGACUUCGACGCAGUCGCACGCAGCAGACCACGAAGGCCUCGGAACUCAAAUCUGGCGGACGUUGUCACUCAAGAAGCCGACGCCUAGCUCAGGCGUCGAAGCCAUGAAGAUCAUGCUGACGUCUCGGUACCUGGACGCGAUGCGGGAAGGCUGCGCUGGACUUGCAGAGCUCACGGAGGACGUACAGAACUCUUGUCUGGUUGCUCACGCUGACCUCGUGACACCUUUGGUUCAAGCAGCUGAAGCUACGGACUUGAGCAUGUCGCGCUGCGCGGUCGGAGCGCUAGCUAACAUCGCGCGCGCUGUCCCCCGGUUCCCAGAGAGCGAGUUAGCGCUGGCUCGGCGGACGGCGGAGCAACUUCGGAUUCAAGCCACGCCGGUGGUUCUGGCGCAGCUGGAGCACGCGAGCGAGCGGUCUCUCUUCUCCAUCGAGCUGCUUCGGGAAUGUGCCCGAGCGCUCGGUGCAUUUGCCAGACUGGUGUCGGAGGUCGAUCCAAGGUCGACUGCUGCCUCCAGCGCAAAUGAUGAACGCUGCCUGCACGUUCUUCGGCUGCACGCCAAACAUCGUGAUGCCCAGCUAGCGUCCCACUGCCGCGCUGCUUUGGAGCAGUUGUGCCUGAACGUGCUUCUCGCGUCGAAAAUCAAGGUGUUCCCCGACAUGGAGGCGCAGGAGGCACUGACAGUCGACUCGGGCUUGGAUGGCUACGGAGUGGGUGAAGAGAACCCGAUCGUCGUGGAAAUGCUGAGGGUCUGGUUCCGCUUGAGGGCGGCUUUGGAGAGUACCCAAGCUAUUCUCCCACCAGGAGUCGCGGCUCAGCACCUCCGAGUGUUCACAAAGCUGAAUAUCGACUCGGAGCUGGGAGGGGUGAGGGACGUUCUUAAGAGGUAA